CCUACUUGCAAAGAAGAAGACAUGACGGAGUGUGGCGAUCGCAGCAACUGUACCUCAAAUAUGUAUUUGCCAAGUUGCACUUAUUAUGUAUCGGCAGCAGAUUUUUCAUCUGUCUCGUCGUUUUUACCUCAAACGUCUUCGUGUCAAGUAAAAUUUCCUUACUCUUCCAACAUAGCUCAAGUCCAACCUGUUCGAGAAGUUGCGUUCAGAGACUAUGGACUUGAUCACCCCAGCAAAUGGCAUUACAGGGGUAAUUACGCUUCUUACUAUCAAACCGACGACAUUAUGCAUCGAGAUCUAAUGCAGGCUUCGGGCAGAACGGACAUGCUAUUCAAAAAUGAUUCGAUGUACAGCCAUCACGGCAGUACCAAUCCAUCUUGUAAUUUUUUCGCAAAUACCGGUCGAAAUGGCGUUCUUCCGCAAGGAUUCGACCAGUUUUUUGAUAACGUAAACAGCAACACCGAGAAACCUAACUCAGACCCUUCGAAAGGAAAGACAGAAUCUGUGCCACCUGGAAAUACAGAAUGUAGGUCUUCAGAGUCUUCAGACCAAGCGAAACAACAGCCAUCUGGAUGCACAGACGAAGACUCCUCUUUAUCAAACAACGGCGAAGAGAAGAGCGAGGGCUCCAGUUUACUAAAGUCAAGGAAAAAGAGAUGCCCCUACACCAAAUACCAGAUCCGAGAGCUUGAAAGAGAAUUUUUUUUCAACGUAUACAUAAACAAAGAGAAAAGACUACAGCUAUCAAGAAUGCUAAAUCUGACAGAUCGCCAGGUGAAGAUAUGGUUUCAGAACCGAAGAAUGAAAGAGAAAAAACUCAAUCGAGAUCGGCUUCAGUACUUUACGGGAAACUCUUUAUUCUAACAUUUUGAACGUUCAAUUCGUGGAUCUUACCAGCAACCUCCGAAAAGUAGCGCUCGUAGGUUGUCAGUGAUCGGACGUUUUAUACACGGAAUUUCCAUGCAGUUACGCAAGCUGCCUUAACGACGGAAAAAAUGAAGACUCAGAUGGCAUUAACUAUGCAAACCUCGUAGUACAAAAAAAAAAAAAACUGCUAUUACGCACACAAAAUGGACUCAAGCCCUAUUUAAAAACAGAAGUAAGUAAAUUCUUGGACGGAGUUACGGAAGUAAGGACAUCAUGACAACCUCCACUGUCCCACUGUGCCUCUCCCGAGAUGUUAAUUGUCACAUUGAUGUAAUUGAUGUCUACUUAAUGUUUAUUUAUUGCAUUCAUCCGGUUCAUUCGAUUGAUUGAAAAAUAAUAUUGCAUUACGCAACAAAUUAUUUGAUUACAGUAAUCAAUGUUAUUAUAUAC